AUGACUUCCAAAGCCGUUGAUGCGGUUCGCAAGGGUGGAGAUGCUUUUGGAUUUGCAAGUUCAGUGAAUGAUACUACACCCACCCCUAACGGCGAAUCGAAUGGAACUGGAGCAAAUAAGCAAGCUUCAAAACGUGCAAAGGGAGAAGAGGAGUGGAGUUUAGGUGGCUUGAUCGGACUGGGUCAAUUGGGCAGCAAUCCAAAAGAUCAACAGGAAUUCCAAAGAUUGAUCCAAGGCGGAAUCCCGUUGAUUUAUAGACCAAAGCUUUGGUAUGAAUGCAGCGGCGCUUUUGAUCGUGUUGAGCCUGGGCGCUAUCAGGAACUGUUGGACGAACAUGAAAAUGAAGAGAACGCAUGUACAAAGCAGAUCGAUUUAGACGUAGGACGGACUAUGCCCACGAAUAUCUUCUUCGCAGGAGAUGGACCGGGUGUCGCUAAAUUGCGCAGACUCUUGGUGGCCUAUUCCUGGUACAAUCCACAAUGCGGUUAUUGUCAAGGUAUGAACAAUCUUGCUGCAACGCUUUUGUUAACACAUGCAACCGAAGAGGAGGCAUUUUGGGUCCUUGCAAGCUUGAUCGAGAAUAUUCUACCGGUGGACUACUUCACAGCACAUCUACUUAUUGCACAAGCCGAUCAACGGGUUUUGAUUGAUUUUGUGCAAGAGCUGAUGCCCAAAUUGGCAGGACAUAUAGACGAAUUGGGAGUGGAUUUACCCGCUGUGACAUUUGCAUGGUUCUUGUCUCUUUAUACAGACUGUUUGCCGGUGGAAACAUUGUUCAGGGUUUGGGAUGUUCUAUUUGUGGAAGGGAUGGGAAUCUUGUUCAAAGUGGCACUUUCGAUCUUUAUGUUGAACGAAAAGGAGUUAUUGCGAACCAAUUCUCCCUCUUCAUUCUACAGCCUCAUGCAUUCAAUGACGAGCCAUCAAUUCUCGGCUGAUAAAUUAUUGGCGUUGGCAUGUGAAGGUUUACGAUCUUCGGUAAAGAUGGACAAGAUCGAAGAAAGGCGGGCAAAGCAUAUACAAGAUCUACAGAUCGAACUAGGCCUUGAUCCAACGGAGAUCGGGCAUAGAACUCCGAGCGGCUCAUCUAUCCAGAUGUGA